AUGUCAUCAGACAUAAGCGCCCUGGUCCUUGACAUGGUCCCUGACAACCUUGCCUGUCAUAAAGCCCUUGAUCUCGCUAGAGAGGCACUGUCUGUCCCCAUCUUGAACCACUCUCUUCGGGUUUAUCUGCUGGCCCGAUUUCUUGCCAAGAAAGAGGCCUCUCCCUUUGUCUCUGAGGGGCAGAUUGGGCUCCUAUUCGUAGCGGCUAUUCUCCACGACGCUGGAGCGAGCCACCUCUACAAUGGCACGCAGCGCUUCGAGAUAUGCUCCGCUGAUUGUGCGAAAGACCAUCUCAUCAAACACGGCUACUCGGAAGCCGAGGCGCAUCAAGUCUGGACGGCUAUUGCAGUGCAUACGUCUCCCGGCAUAGCAGAGCGUAUCGACCCACUCUCUCGACUGAUUCGACUCGCUGUCCGGUCUGACUUUGGGUCCGACGAGUACAGAAGAAGCAUUGGAGUUGGCGAGUAUUGCAAAGAGAUAGAGGGGUUUCUGCCGAGGUUAGACCCCGAGAAAGCCCUAGGCGACGCCGUGGUCAAGCAGGCCAAGAAGAUCCCGCAAGCGGACAGUCUCACUUGGCCCAAUGACGACAAAUUUCCUGCUGCAAGCUGGCCCGGUAUUCUGCUGCGGGCACACGCCGAGAAUCCAGACCACGAGGGAGUAAACCCAGCGUUCUAA